UCUGGUAGCAAACAUGGCUGCCAGAAGGACAAAGGAAGUAGAAAGGUCUAAGAUAUUCGGCGAAUAAUUCUUUAUUUAACAAUAUACGACGAAUAAUUCAGGACUAAAAGGUCUCUGGAUAACCAACAAAUCGACUAACGAUGGCUGUUCCACCGAGAUGGCUCAAGUGCCCCAGAAAAAGCCUCGUUAUUGCAGAUCGUUUUAUCGCUUUUAAAACCCCUCUUGGUCCAAGAUACGAUGAGCAAGUACCUGAAGCUUACAGAUUUCAAGUCCCAAUGUUGAUUUCUUAUCUUCAGGCACUAAAGGUUAAAGUGGGUUUGAUAAUUGAUCUUACAAACACCAGUCGAUUUUAUGACAAGACAGAACUGGAACAUUAUGGAAUAAACCAUACUAAGCUUCAAUGUAGAGGGCAUGCUGAAACUCCUACCCAAGAUCAAGUACAUCUCUUUAUGUCAAUUUGUGACCGCUACUGGGACAAACACCCUGGAGAACUCAUUGGUGUCCAUUGUACUCACGGAUUCAACAGGACUGGUUUCCUGAUUAUAUCAYAUUUAAUAGAAAGACUAGAUUGGAGCCUUGAAGCAGCUGUUGAGUGCUUUAGUAAGAGCAGAGUACCUGGAAUCUACAAGCAAGAUUACUUAGGUGAGCUGUGUAGACGGUAUGGUGAUGAUUCUGAUGUGAUUCCUGCCCCUGAGCGGCCUGAAUGGUGCAACGAAGAAGAAGAGUUGAGUGACAGAGAUGAGGAUGAGGAUGAUCAAGAUGAUGUGGGAAAUAAUAGAGAUCCUAGAAGGAAACGAAGACGUAUAAAUGGAAGAAAUACCAAGGACUGUAAGUUUGUUGAAGGUGUUAAUGGAGUUGAAGCUGUACAGUCGCCAAGAUACGAAGAGGUUCAAAAGAUUUGUGCACAUAUGAUUGGAUGGGAAAUGCGGGGCUUUCCUGGCUCACAGCCUGUAUCUAUGGAUACAAAGAACCUGAAGUUCUUACAAGAGAAGGAUUACAGAAUCAGUUGGAAAGCUGAUGGUACAAGAUAUAUGCUGAUGAUCCUCAAGAAAGAAGAAAUCUACCUCAUAGACAGAAACUUUGAUGUCUUUGCUGCUCCGCAGUUUAAAUUUCCACAAAGAAAGAAUCCAAAGGAACAUGUCUAUGACACACUUAUUGAUGGGGAAAUGGUGAUGGACAAAGAAGGCGAGAAGACUCAUCCCAGAUAUUUAGCCUAUGAUAUUAUCAAAUUCCAGGGUCAGGAUGUUGGGAAAACUUGUCAUGAUACCAGGAUGUUGUGUAUUCAUAAAGAAAUUGAACAACCAAGAAAUGAUGCAGUACAGCAAGGUCUACUGGACAAGACACAAGAACCAUUCAGCAUACGAGCCAAGCAGUUCUUUCCAGUUGAAAAGGCAAGAUGGGUCCUUGAACACUGGGUUACCAAAUUGUCUCAUGAAAACGAUGGUCUAAUCUUCAAUCCAGCCAAUGAGUCAUAUAUGGGAGGGAACCAAUUAGAUGUAUUGAAAUGGAAACCACAUACUCUGAACUCUGUGGACUUUAUGCUCCAAAUUGUCAAAGACAGACGAGAAGGGUGCUUGAUUCAAGACUGCGGUUACUUAUAUGUCAGUGGGUUUGAAAGACCUUUUGCACAAAUAAAGGUGACAAGGCAGCUGAAAGUCUGGAAUAAAAGAAUCAUUGAAUGUACUUGGGAUGGCAAACAGUGGGUUUUCUUGCGCGUCAGAGAGGAUAAAAACUUUCCUAACGCUUACAAAACUGCAAUGAGUGUUUGUGAGAGUAUUCGAGACCCUGUGACGAAAGACAUGCUUCUUGAGGUCAUUGAAAAACGCCGAUACAACCUACACAAGGAAAACAGAAAACAUGAUCAAAAUCAUCCACAGCAACAAAAACCACAACAACAGCAUUCACAACCACAACAACUACAACUACAACAACAACAACAACAACAACACGAACAAGCGCAACACACAAACCAUCCAACGCAAAGCACCUUAUAGAAGUACUACGCUGCUAUGGUAACUGUUCUAAGGGUGCCCAUCCACACAAUAAUCGACUACAUCAAAGUCUACAAGAGCAUCUCAUAGAAAAUAAACUUUUGUCAUGGCAACAAGCACAGGAAUUCGUGUUGCCAUGGCAACAGCUGUCAUGGAGAUCAGGCAACAUCACGAAGAAACAUAGGACCUUCCAUAGAGCAACRAAAGAACCAAAAGUGGACAUGUUGCCAUAGUGACCAGCAACGAAACACGUUAGACCGAUUGCCAUGACAACUACUAUGAAAGUCGACAACUGCUAUAACAGUCAUAGAGAUACCUUGUUGUUAUGGAAACUUACUGAAACUGAAUUGACGUCACCAAAAAAUAGCUUGUACGUCACGAAUUAGAAAAGGUACACAAACUAAUAAUUUAUCAAUUAGACGCGUAAAAUACCAAAAAAAACCCACAAUUUAUUAUAAUCUUAGAUAGGAAAAAUGUAUAAAUUAUAAAAUGGCAAUAUAUACACCGUUAUUCUUAUAGUUAAGAAUAUAUUAAGUGGAGUAUAUAUGAGUAUAUAUUUUAGGAUGUAAUCCACUCUUUUAGCUUAGUGUUUUUGACAAUAGUUGUUAGUUGUUUUGACGAACCUUUACUUGAUGAUGCCUGUGUAUGUGGUAUGGACACCUCCGUACUUGCUUCCUACAAAAACCACUGCAAUACGUUCACCGACUUUAAUUCACCUCCAUAAUACGGUCACUCGUAGUACACUAACCUCUGUAAUACGACCAAUCAUACUAGGCGGCUGCUAACAACUCGUUUGAUAUUCUUUGAAGAGGUACUAACGGAUUUGCAGUACGAAGACGAAGAUUGGCUAACCGUGUUUAAUACGGUCGCUUGUAGUACACUAACCUUUGUAAUACGACCAAUCAUACUAGGCUGCCAACAACUCGUUUGAUAUUCUUUGAAAAGGUUCGACUGGACAUACAGUGAAAAAGAAGAUGGACUAAUCGUAUUUACUCCGACAAUUCGUAUUUAUAUCGUUUCAGUCAUGAUCCAUUUAGCAAGGCUUCGUUCAAUCUAAGGGGUGCUAGCGUCCCUUACGUAUACAAAAUACAAAUACAAAAGACAUGACGGCCAGAUUGGAUGAUAUAGUAGUAGAUCAUAUUCAUUUCUCAAUAGAUUUUUAGGCCACAAUGUUUUUCUAUUUUAAGUUGAAAGUAUAGAUAUCACAUCCAAUAAGCGUUUACUGGGCUACCUGUUUCUUAGCCUGCGUAGCGGCUCUUGGGGAGGGAGGGGGUUGGGGCGAG